AUGUUACCUCGUUUUGUUACUCUUGUACUCUAUAUAAGCGUUCACUCGCAAUUCGUAUAUUCCAACUUUCUCAUUUUCCUGCUCCUCUCAACUUCAGACAUGGCUAUGGUCUUCCCCACCUACGACACCUACAAUUCGUACGGACACCUUCCGAUAUCUCGCAGAUCAUCAAUGGCCUAUGGUACAAGUUAUCCCUACGGGCAGGGUGCAUAUGACCCGAUGUACGAACACGAUGUUUAUGGCGCAGUAGCUGCUCCGAUCACACAUCGUAUAAGGAGUAACGCAUACCGUGAUGGAGAUUACUAUCCCGAGAUGCAGCCACGUUCCCGUCGUCACUCUACAGUAUCUGUAGCUUCGAUGGUACCUCGACCUCCCCCGUUGGAUGCCUACCGUCGUGCUAGUAGCAUUCAAAUAAAAUUCAAGCGUAGAGGCAGCCUUCUUCAGGGUGUAUCCCUCGCUGAAGCGCAGUCUCACGUGAGAUUAUCGUCCAACGACUCCUACACGAUACACGACCUACACGCUGACAGGCGGAACACAAUAUUACUUAAAGUCAAGUGGUCUGGGUACAACUCAUUAUUAUACGAAAUACCGCUCGACUCAUAUGAUGGACAUAUCACCUUGCAAACAUUAGCAAGGAGAGUUUCCCGCGCUUGUGUGCAUUACCUCCAGGCCAAUGCGGUACCUGUAGCUUGGGAUCGAGUGGAUCUUCAUCAUCUUGAAGAGCUCUCGCAAGGUGUAUGGCGACCAAUGCUAGCCAUGCGGUAG